UUCCGGUCCGCCGGAUUAUGAAUGACGGGUGGCGCGGGUAUUCUAGACGUCUUGCCUGUUGUUCUUUCUUCUCUCUGGAAGCGAGGCGGGCCGUGGCUCGCAGAAGUAGCAUCGGCAUCCCGGCUCCGGCCGGGCGGAAAGGCGCAGGCGGCAGGUGUCGCCGACACGCUCACGCACCCUCCCUGCCUGGCCGCGCCUCUGCGACCAGGUGGCCCAAUGAAUGAAGAAAAUGAAAGGCAUUAAGAAAAGUCUUACAGAAGAAUAUCUAUACCUGGACUUUUCUCACCAAACAGAAGGAUGCAUCUUUCCUCUUCAUACAGCUGUGACUUUAUUCUUGUUAUCAUACUGUGACUGCAAAAUAUUUAAAGUUUACUUAGUCCUCACCAGAGAAAGUACAGAUAUUGAACUACUUAGAGAUGUGUUGUCCCAGGAUGUUGAAAUUCAGGUUAUCUCAAAGGAGGAGCUCCCACCAAUAGUCCAGAAUUGCUGUUUACCUGCGGUGGUAGAACGACCAGACAAUUUUUGUAGAGCAGGACUUGCUGUUGUACUAAGACACAUUAUCCAGAAAUCAUAUGAAGCAGACCCUUCAAGGAAGGAAAUUUUGGAACUUCUGGGUUUUAAAAAGACUUGUUUGAAAGCCUGCGCUGAAGUUAGUCAGUGGACCAGGCUAUGUGAACUCACCAUCCCAUUGGCUAUUGAGAAUUUUCUCAGAGAGUCUUCUGACCAACUCCCAACUAUACCUAUGGAAGUACUACAGCUGGAGAAGAAGCUUAGUGAACCUGUUAGAGUGCACAAUGAUGACAAACUCCGAAGGCAGAAGCUAAAACAACAGAGGACUGCUGGAGAUAAGCCUGCCCUUGCUAAGGGAAAAGCAAAGAACAAGGUCCAAACACAGGAAAUAUCUGAAGAGUUGGACUCUUCAUCCAAGAGUCUGGAAUUGAACAUGGCAUUCUCCAAGCUCAGAGUGCAGGAGGAACCAGUUACUACCAACAGGGAGCCUUCUCACAUAAGGAAAGCAAAAGCCUCUGACCUUCCACCUCUGGAACAUGUAUUUGCAGAAGGGCUUUACUUCACUUUGGCAGAUAUUGUGCUUAUGCCCUGUAUCCAUCAUUUUUUGGCAAUUAUAUGCAAGAAAUGUUCUGAGAAGCUGACAGAAUUUCCACUGCUUGCAGCUUGGUACCAGAGGAUUCAGGAAGUUCCAGGAGUAAAAACAGCAGCUUCUAAGUGUGGGAUCCAGUUUCUCCAUUUUCCAGAGUUGUUGACUACUUCAGGUGAACAACAUCUGAAUUUAACUGAGGUCCCAGGUGUGGAGGAGCAAAAUGAUCCUUUAUUUAUAGGAGGACCAAGACCAACUAUGACCAAAUUAAUGGAAAAUGGCAUUGAAGUGAUGUUUUCUCCCCACCCUUGCCCUACUUGGACCCUUGACUGGAAUGGUCUUCCUGCAGCAGUGAGUCCAAAGGAAGGCAAAAUGUCCAGUGAUCGAGCUUUGAGGAAACAGCAACAGUUAAACAACCUUGUUUAUGCGGUGAUAAAACAGGCCAAACCUGGUGACAGAAUUGUGGAUUUCUGCAGUGGCGGGGGCCAUGUUGGAAUUGUUCUUGCUCACAUAUUGCCAUCGUGCCAGGUUAUAUUAAUAGAAAACAAGGAAUUAUCACUAAUUCGUGCUAAGAAGAGAAGUGAUGAUCUAGGUUUAAGCAACAUUUGGUUCAUCCAAGCAAACAUGGAGUAUUUUACAGGGAUGUUUAAUAUUGGGGUGGCGUUGCAUGCUUGUGGAGUGGCUACAGACAUGGUGAUUGAGCACUGCAUCAAAACACGGGCUUCCUUUGUCACAUGCCCUUGCUGUUAUGGUUUCAUUCAGAACACCUCAAAGUUUAAUUUUCCAAAAAGUGAACAAUUCAAGAAAACUUUAUCAUACAAGGAACAUAUGAUUCUUUGCCGGUUUGCAGAUCAGACAGCUGUCCAGCUUCCACCCCAAAGAAGGCUCAUAGGAAAACAGUGCAUGUGCCUGGUGGAUCUGGACCGAGCAAGAGCUGCAGAAGAACGUGGUUAUUCUGUUCAAGUGAUAUCCAUGGAGCCAGAGAGCUGCUCUCCCAAAAACAACAUGAUAGUGGGAGUCCCCACUUAGAUUGAGAUGUUUACAUUUGAUAUUUUGCCAUUGGCUCCAUGAUGAAAGCCCAGUGGCAUUCAGGAGGUUCUUGGCAUAAGUAGGAAACAGCAUUAGCCAUCCUGAGCCUAUUGUGCUCAGGAAGGAAAGCAACAGGAAAAUCUUGGAAGAAAGGCUGCCUGCAAAGCAUCACAAAUACUCUUACAAUGUGCGAUCAAGGGCUGGUGGUUUUCAUAGUGAGAAUCCCCUGACGUCUCAGCUGCCAAAAGAAUAAUACUCACCAUUGAAGGUUUCAUUACUGGAAUAACAAUUUCCUUCUCAUUUCACAAGCUUUUCUGAUCUUGCCAAUGUGAUAUUUAAUUCAAAACAAUGUACUUGCAGCCUUUAUUUUAUAAUCUUAGAUAUUUACACACAGAAACUGAAAAACUUUGUGGGGGUUUUGUGUUUUUUUUAUAUUUUUCAAACAAUGGUACUUUUAUAAUUUUAUAAAACUCUAGGAAGGCAAUUACAGUAUGGGUAUUUUUAAGCUGGGGUCAGUUGAACUUAUAUACAUUUAGGAUUAUCCUUUUAAAUAAUUGCCCAUAAAUUACCAAAUGUGAUCAUUUCUGGUUCAAACAUUUUGGGUGAAAAGAUUCUAAAGUCAUUGCAGUAAGUUUCAUCUUGUGGGAAUAUGGAAUUUGGACAUAAAUUCUAAUUAAUUGGCAAAUACAUUGAUAUCUUAAUUCAAAUCUAUUCAUAAUAAUUUAGGAUCCAUUAUUUUUCACAACCCUGGCCUAGAUUUUUCUGAAGAUAUGAAGAUGAAUUGCAAGAAAUACAAUUUUACCUAUGCAAGUAAAUCAAUUAGAAGGAAAUAUUGAAGAAUUAGUGAAGUUCUUUAUGUCAGACCAUAAUGUAUGGUCUUAUUGUUUUGUUUAAUUCUUGGUAAAAAUUAUCAAGCAUAAAUUGGGAAUGUGAAGAGUGCGGAGUAUGGAAGCUUAUUUGAAUAGUUCUGUCUGCCUAAAUUCUUUUUCUUCCAGAUAACAUUUUUAGAGACAGGUAGUAAUCUUCUCUCAUAUGCUGCUAUUUAUUUAACUUCACAUGUCCUAGAUUAUUCAAUUUAAGAUUUAUUUUAUUGUUUUUAAUUCCUAUAUGACAUAUAUCAUAAGAGGAAAGAACUUGGAUUGUUCAUCACUCAGAUAAAAAUAGGAAUAAUUUACAAUAAUAUGAAUGGGAGAAGGGAGUUUUGUAGUCUGAUUUCCUGGCAUAAAUUUUAAGGAAAGCACUACUGGCUCUGAGUAAUUUAGUCUUUUGUGCCUGUAGCUACAAUGCUCCUUUACUGUGGACUUUCUUUUUUAAAUCAAGAUAUCAUUUAUAUACAAUAUAAUAACAAGUUUUUAAGUGUUCCAUUUGAAAAGUUUUAACAACUGUAUGUAACUACACAACUUCCACCAAAAUAAGAUGUAGAAUAUUUCUGUCAGA